AUGAGGCUAUCACUCCGGGUCGGUUCCGCCACCGCGCUCAUCCUCUUCACCUUCUUCCUCUUGAACCGCCGUCUGAGCCCCGUCGGCCAACAACCAAACUCCUUCUGGCACUUCGACACCACCUCCUUCCGCGCCUCGCUACGACCCCCGCCUCCUCCAGACCAUGGUCGCCGAAAAUGGGGUAUUGGCACCGGCAGCAAAGCCAUUUUGAACUAUCAAACCACUCCGAUCGAGGUGCCGAAUGAGGGCAUUAUUGUGAUGGGUCGAGUGCGCGACGAAGAUACCGCCUGGGUUUCCGCCGAACUGGCAGAAUGGCGCAAUUUCAUCUACACGGUCGACGACACCUCCGCCCCCGUCCACACACCCAAGAACAAGGGCCGUGAAGCGCUGCCCUACCUCCAAUUUAUUGUCGACCACUACAAUGACCUCCCCCCGAUCAUCGUGUUCCUCCACUCGCACCGCGACGGCUGGCCCGCCGCCUGGCAUACCGACACCAUGGAUUACAGCAACGUAGACUCCGUGCGCGCUCUGCAAAGAGACUUUGUCCAGGCCGAAGGCUUCCCCGGCAACACCGGCGAGAAGCAUUACGCCGACGCCUGGAAGGAGCUAUUUGGCAACACGGACGUGCCCCAAUCGAUCGGCGCCCCCUGUUGCUCGCAAUUCGCCGUCUCGCGGGACCAGGUCCUUCAGCGCCCCCUCAGCGACUACCAGCGCAUGUACAACUGGGUGCUCACCAACGACUUGCCUGACGAGGUCACCUCCAGUAUCAUGGAGUACUCGUGGCAUAUCAUUUUUGGCAAGGAUCCGAUUUUCUGCCCCGAUACCUUCCAAUGCUACGCUGAUGUCUACGGUGAGGAGGUCAUCAUAUAA